AUGGAACAAGAAGUAAACUUCCAAUCGACACGUACCAGCAAUAGCGGCAGCAGUGGCAGCAGCAAUAAUAGUGGAGGAGGAGGAGGCGGCGGAUCGAAUAUGAUGUUCGCUCCACAGCGACAAACAAACAUAUUCGACUCUAAAUAUCAUAGUGGCGACCGCGACCACGAGCGUGAGCGCGACUCUUCUCCAAGUCCACGCCCAUAUACAUCGCCACAUCGAUCCCCAACCGAUGACCACUCGAGCAGUGACCACGAUAUGUCCUCUCGAAGGGACCGAAGAGAGUACAGUGCUGGUUCGAGCUCCAACAAUGGUCCAGCUACAGUGGUCCACUCGGCGCCAUCCAAGCACCCAACUACCACAAUGUCACUGAAUGGCUCGUACUCCUCGCCUUCUGUCUCCUCCACAACCACCCCCUCCACAAUGUCUCCAAUGCAUACCAGUCUGCUGUUAAAUCCAGACAUCAAGAAGGAGGACGACUAUAGACUGAGGGCGCCAGAUGUCGACUUUAAAGGCCAUCAAGACGACCAGCAUCGUAGACGUGAUAGGGAGAGAGAGAGGGAGAGAGAUGGCAGCGGCAGCAGGGGCGGAGAGAGAGACAGCUACAGAUCUGAGCGUCGCGACAAGGAUAGAGAGUCCCGAGGCAGAGAGCGCGAGCGACAAGACGAUCGCCAAGAUGAUAGACGACGCAUGUCCUCGGUACUCUCUGCAAAGUCUGAAGUGCAUUCGCCAUCCAUCAUGCCUGGCUCACUGUCGCCAUCGCUCUUCAGGCAGGAGAAGAAGUCUGACAGUGUUCCACUCUUGUCGCCAUUGAAGCUAAAGGAAAACUCGAGCGAGAGUGAAAAGAUAGAGGCACUGACCAAGCAUUACAACCAAAAGUUAGAGGCCAUGCAGAACGUCAUUGCCAAGAAGGAUGUACUUCUGACGAAAUAUAGAAAGACUUUACUCAAACUGUUUGAGGACAAGGGAAAUGCUGAGGAAAGUGAGGGCGACAAUAGGUCGGCCAUUUCAAGGUCCCCGUCUAGGUCACCUUCAUCGUCUCCAUCACGCUCCUCCUCUGAGUCCAGAUACUCAGACUCUGACAUGUCCGAUAGGGAACAACGUCCACGCAAGAAGAGCUUACCUGGCGCCAUCAUGAGCAUGGGCAUGUCUGGUGACCAGAAGGCAAUCUCCCAGAACCAGCUGUUGUCACAACAGCAACAGCAGUUCAUCUUUAGGGAUGAGUCGGUCAAUGAGCUCAAGAGGAAAGGCGGAGAUGACACCAAGUCUGGCGGCGAGGGCGCACCAAUCAAGAAGAGAAAGACCGGCUCCAGGAGGAACACCCUGUGGUCGGUGGAAGACGACGAGACCUUUGCCAAGGCCUACAACAAGCAUGGAAAGAGCUGGAAGACAAUUCACAGUCUGCUGCCUGGCAAGACUCGCGAGCAGGUCCAGAGUCACGGCCAGUACUUGAUCCGUAUCGGCAAGCUGGCCGACCUCCACAAGGACGGUCGACGAACCAGACACCAGAAGAGCAGCAGCGGAGCCAACUCUCAGCAGUCGGGCAGCAAUGGCCAUCAUCACAGCCACAGCAGUAGCACUGGCCACCACAGCAGUAGCAGUGGCGGCGGUGGUGGCAGUGGUCUGGGUAUUGGCAGCAGUGGAGGCAACUACUAUCCCAAUGGUGGCAGUUCCAUUCACCAAAGCUCACAAGCACAUUAUGGUGGCACCAACUACUUUGACCAGCCCUACGAUUCACCCUCUUCAGACUCUCAAAGAGACGACUAUGAUGAAGACAACGAUGUCAACAUUGGCAAUUAA